AUGACAGGAAUUCUGUUCUGUUCCCGCAGGCCAAAAAUAUCCGACAACUUCAAGUCGAAAGUUACCCUGGACAUUGGCUCGACGUAUACAGAUGAGCUGGAGGUGCGAAGCACCCUCGAGGAACAGCUGCGUUACCAUGCUUUGGGCAGCAUCCAAGUGUAUCCCGACGAGUUCACCUUCAGAAUAUUCCAAGCUGGAACGGAACGGGAGGAAGAGGAAUGCGACCCGUCCACCGAAUUGACAUGUAGAAACGGUGCAUGCGUGCCAUUAGACUCCAGAUGCGACGGGGUUACUCAGUGCGAUGAUGGCUCCGACGAGCUCGACUGUCCUGGCACCACAACGCAUCCCUAUCCAGGGACUGAGGAACCCGAGGUGGAGACUACGGUCAGGGAGGAGCUGCCCGAUAGAAGAACAGCGUCGAACAAGUGUCGCGCGGACGACACGGUGCGCUGUCACGAUGAAAGUCGUUACAUUUGUUCCGUGCAACAAUGCGACGGCGUUCCAGACUGUGACGACGGCGGUGACGAAGUUGGCUGUCCCCAUCCAGGCUGCAGCGCCGGAGAAUUCGCCUGCGACGUCUCCAGGUGCAUUUUGGAGUCCGAACGGUGCAACUUUAUCGAGAACUGCCGAGAUGGGAGUGACGAGCAUGAUUGCAACUACCCCGCCUGUACAUCGAUACAGUUCAAAUGCGGAAACGGUCAGUGCAUCGACAGCGGAGCUCACUGCAACGGCGUCGAGGACUGCCAUGACGGCACUGACGAACUCAAUUGCCCCUGUACAGAUGACGAAUUCGAAUGCACGCCAGGCUAUUGUUUGAAGCUGUCGAAACGCUGCGACGGUUUCGUGGAUUGCAAUGGUGGGAUGGAUGAGGCGAAUUGCCUAAACAUGACACGCUGCCGGCCGGACGAAUUCGAGUGCGCGAGCGGAAAUUGCGUCAGCAAGAACGCGAGAUGCGACGGCCGUUUGGACUGUCCUGAUCAUUCUGACGAGUACAAUUGCAACGUGACUACCUGCAGUGGUGACCAGUUCCGGUGUCUGGACGGCACCUGUCUGAGCAUAGACAAAAGAUGCAACCACGUGAUAGACUGUCGCAACGGCGAAGACGAGAGCCAGUGCGGUUGCGGAGUAGCCGAGUUUCGCUGCACGGACGGCCGGUGCAUCGGUUACGAGUUGCAGUGCAACGGCGUGGAGGAGUGCUCCGAUGGCUCUGACGAGAGGGAUUGCGAGAAAGUAUCGUGGAAGAACAUGUACAACGACGAACGAUUCUGGACGAAGAAACAUGAAAUCUACCAAAAGAGAGUCGACAGAAUGAGAAUCGAAUCGGUGGAGUCUUCAAAAAAGAAGGAACCAGCCUGGAGGAACGAGGUCGAACGGGAUUCGUCCUUGAGGAGGAUCGAUCAGGGUCCUCGAGGUUUUUUCAUUAAGAACGACAACGUCAUCGGGAACUCGAUCGAGGAGGCUUUUCCUGAAAUGAUGCAGGAAUCGAGGAGAUCGAUAUCGAUCGAUCGACGACCUGGCCAUUUGAGUAGAACUUCGAGAUCAAAGAAUCGUGAGAAUACUUUGAAGAAAUCUGGGAACUCCACCGAAGGGGAGACCAAGGAGCUAAUGAGGAAAAAGAAAAGAAGGAAGCACGGGAAGAGGAAGAACCCCAGGAACGAUUCGAGCACUGAUCCAUCGAUCUUGGAUACUGUGGUGACCACCUUUCGUUUGCCACAUCAGGAUACUACCUACGCUGUGUCGACCAUGAAUGAGAAUACGACUGAGAAGCAUCUCUCGAGGUACCAGAAAUACUUUGAAAAGCACCUGAAGAAGUUGACCACGUCGAGAGUCACCACCUCGACCACAGCUAGUAUUGUUUCUUCGUCACUUGGCUUGGAUUCAUCAGAGAAUGGUACCAAAGGGGAUAAAACUGUUGACAAACAAAUGAGCAAAGCAGAAACUGCGCCAGAAACUGCAGGUGACUAUGAGGAGAAACUCAAGACGACAGAAAACAGGAAGUCUAAUAUCAACGAGAUCAUUGAGGCUACAGAAGGACACGAAGAACAACGUAUGAUUUCUUCGUCGAACACCGAGGAGACCUUAAAGAGUACCGCCACACCUGAAGGAAAAACGAGAACGUGGCAUGUAACCGAGGCAUCUCAAACCACACAGUUCACCGAAAGGAACUACGAAGAAGAUCUGACGACCAUACCUGAAGAGCAAACCACACUUGUCAGUCCAGAUGAACAGGAUACCACCCUAGAUGCAUCUAAUGUCACAGGAUCCUCGAAAGAAGAUCUGGAUGAAGACUUCGAGACCAACAUUCUUUCGGAAAUUACACAACCAGAUCCUGAAGAAGUGACUUUCUCGACAGAAACACUGGACGGUGUUUCCAGCAGGGUGACUGAAGGGGACUCAGGCAGCAUAAAAGUCAUCUACGGCUACAAAGCAAAGAUAAACGGCAAGUUCGCCAAAUACUACGACAAAUACUUGGAGGGGAAGGUGACACCGUCUGCCAUAACUGUUUCCGUAACUCCAGACGACGACCAGGUAGCCAACAAAACGAACGCCGAGUUGGAGAACGUAUUGUUCGAGAGUACAGCAUACAAUUCUAAGGUGAACCUCAAUCUUCUGAGUGGAGAUAGGCUCUCGAACGAAGUUCCCACGAAUCCCUCGGUGUCCAAUGAUCAGACCUUUCAUGAGAAGCUGUACACGUGCACCUCGAAGUGCGCUGAACUCUUGAAGAAAAUGCACGAGCAAGAAAGGAGGAAGAAUUCCAAGGUAGCCGUCGAUGAGAAGGUAGACACAGGCUUGAUCAACUCAACAGAAGAUGAUACCACGUUCAAUGGAUUCUUGGACAAGGUGAACUGUACCGAUCUCGAACUGGAUCCUAACGAAGCAACAGAGGUAUUUGAUCCAGUAUUGAAAGAGACGAUGCACACCUGGCAGCCGAGCCCCGGAGUGAUCAGAACGACAGAGUCCACAGAUUUGGUGGAGCUGAUCACCGAGACCAGCAGAAAGAAGCCGAAAGGACCUGGCAAAGGCAGAUCGAAUCGUGGUAAGAAAAAGGAGAGGAAGAACAAGACAAAUAAAGGGAAGAAGAACAAGACAAAUAAAGAGAAGAAGAACAAACGCACGAAUACCACGAAUAAUCCUCUCAGCACGCCCAUACAAGAGGACACCACUGUGAGCGUUCAGGAGACAUUAUGGGAACAGAAUCGCAGUUGGACCGAUCCCGACGUUCAAUCCACUCUGUGGGACCCAACGACUCCUUAUUUCUCCACACAAGAUACUUUCGAUGAGUCCUCCUAUAAAGAGAUCACAGACAUCGAAGAGAAGCAAACUGACCAGGGGACAACAUCCUCUAGCGAGGAGGUCACCGAUUUCACUAUCGUCGCAUCUGUGACCAGAAAUUGCAAGAAGGGUCCAAGUACCACUACAGAAGGUGGCUGGUUCGGCUGGAAGUUCCACUUAGACCCAGCCUCGAAGGAGGACUGCGAAGAGGACAGCAUUGAGCAGUCAGCUACUCAGAAUUUAGACGUGACAGCUAGUAGAUCGUCCACUAUCGAUUUCGUGGAGGAGUACACCUUCAUAAACGGAGGAUCCAAGAAGCUGGCUCCGACCACCGAGGCUCAAAUUUGCGAGGAUAAUCAGCACCUCUGCGACCAGGAUCUCUGCGUUCCGGAGAUCAAGGUUUGCGAUGGUUUCGUGGACUGCAAGGAUAUCACUGAUGAGAUGGACUGUGACUAUUACUACAGCACCAGGCGGGAGUACGGCAAGCUGAACAGGACCAGUGCCAGCUGCGAGGAGUAUCAGUUCCUCUGCGAUGGGUGGAGAUGUAUCAGCAACACUUUGGUCUGUGAUGACGUCAGGAACUGCGAGGACGGUUCAGACGAGGCGGAUUGCGGGGAGAAAGAACGGGAAUGCACGCCCACGCAGUUCAAAUGCCUGACCGGGAACAAGUGCAUCGAGGGUGUCUACAGGUGCGACGGCCAUCCGGACUGUCCAGAUCAGAGCGAUGAAGAUUGCGUUCACGAAACCACUACACACGUCACUCAGCCUACCAGCCUGCCUUGGCCAGGUUGGGCAACCGAGAACCCGAGGGAAUGCGAUCCCAGUACCGAAAUGCGUUGCGACGACGGCAAGUGUGUUCUACUGCGACGCAAAUGCGACAAUAUCUUCGACUGUCUCGAUGGCAGUGACGAGCGUGGUUGUGGGGUCUGCACUCCGGCCGAAUGGAAAUGCGCCAGUGGUGAGUGUUUGCCGGAAAACGAGAGAUGCGAUGGCAUAAUCCAGUGUGCUGACGGGUCUGACGAGGAUCGAUGUGUGAACGAAUGUCCGGCUGGAACGUUUCGAUGCAACGACGGGCUGUGCCUCAACAGCAACAGACGUUGCGACGGUCGGCCGCAUUGCCUGGACGGCUCGGACGAGAUCGAUUGCCAGUGUCCGAACGGACAACGGCCAUGCGACAACCACGUGUGCAUCAACAAGGACUUCUUCUGCGACAACAACCCAGAUUGCUUGGACGGCAGCGACGAACGUGACUGCCAGAGCACCACACAACCGCCGUCAACAAGAUGCCGCCACGAUGAGUUCACCUGUCGCGAUGGAAGUUGCAUUCCUCAGUCAGCCGUCUGUGACAGACGUAUAGACUGCCCUCACGAGGACGACGAGGCGAAUUGUCACCGAGGAUGUGGAAAGGACCAGUUCCAGUGCGCGAAUGGAGAAUGCGUCAGAUCUGAACAAAAGUGUAACGGUUACAUCGACUGCACCGAUGGAUCCGACGAGCCUGAAGAAUGUGAUCGACCGGGCAUCCAUCCUAUGCCAGGACGUUGUCCUGCUGGUUAUAUCAUGUGUACCAGAGACAAGGAUUGUGUCCCUCAAUCUUCAGUCUGCAAUGGAGUGCCGGAGUGUAGGGACAGAUCGGACGAAGAAAAUUGCUGUGAAGAACCAUCCCACCUGAACUUGAAGACAUAUCCCAGUGAGCAAGUGAUAAAAGAAAACCCGGCGAAGCAAGGUCGCGAAGUUGUCUUCCAAUGUCGUGACGAGGGUCCGUUGCGUGCCAGGGUGCGUUGGCUCCGUGGGAACAAUCUACCUUUACCAUCUGGCAGUCAAGACGUCAAUGGACGUCUCGAGAUUCCAAACAUUCAGCUGGACCACGCUGGACCCUACAUCUGCGAGGCUGUUGGUUGGGCUCCGUCCACAGCUGGCCAACAAGUGACAGUGCAUCUGUCUGUAGAAAAGUUCGAACAACCAGCAACCAACAGACCUCACACGUGCCAAUACGACGAAGCCACGUGUAGCAAUGGCGACUGUAUCCCCAAAUCGUACGUGUGCAACGGUAGGCUGGACUGUACCGAUGGAUCAGAUGAAAUGCGUUGCAGUCCUCAUGGUUGCGAGCCCAACGAAUAUCGCUGUAACAACACUCAGUGCGUGAGCAAACUGUGGCGUUGCGACGGUGACAAAGAUUGCGCAGAUGGAAGUGACGAAGAGAACUGCACACCUAACCGACCAGGCUCUCCUUGUCGGUUCACAGAGUUCGCCUGUGCCAGCGGUCAAUGUAUACCGAAAAGCUACCACUGUGACUUGGAGAAAGAUUGCAUCGACGGCAGUGAUGAGAUAGGAUGCUCCCCCGUGUACAUAAUCAAACCGCCUCCUCCGAUGAUCACCUUGGAAAUAGGAGCAGUCCUGGUGAUCACCUGUACAGCGAUCGGUGUGCCCACUCCGGAGAUCAACUGGCGUCUGAACUGGGGCCAUAUACCUCCUAAGUGUACCAUGACAUCGAUAAACGGCACGGGAGUCCUAACCUGUCCCGACAUUCAGGUCGAGGACCAAGGAGCCUACUCUUGCGAGGCUUUGAACGGCGCUGGCUUCGUGUUUGCGGUGCCUGACGCUAUAGUGAUGGUGGAGAAGCCUCGGGACAUCUGUCCCAAGGGGAUGUUCAACUCCGAGGCCAGGACCGUGGAGGAAUGCAUCUCUUGUUUCUGUUUCGGUGUGGCCACCGAGUGUCGUAGCGCGAACCUCUUCACUUAUCAGAUCCCCCCGCCCUUUGAUCGUCAUAGAUUCGUGCUUGUCGAACAAGAACCGAGUAUUCAAAUAGUCAGUGACAUUGGCAAUCAGUUCGCCGAGGUCAGAGGUCUGGGUCGAGAUGGUGUCCAUCUAUAUGGAACCGAGGCAUUGUCCAACGAGUUGUCCAGGGGCAGAGCCGACGAGAAGGUUCCCUAUUUCGCUCUGCCUGAGAGCUACCAUGACAGCCAAUUGAAGUCUUACGGUGGCUAUCUGAAGUACAGAGUACGAUACAACGGCACCGGUAUACGCAACUCGGCCCCGUCGGUGAUUCUCACUGGAAACAACUAUGUGCUGGUUCACAGAGGUAAAGAGGUGGUGCCUCGCUAUGACACUGAGGAAUCUGUCAGGUUCUUCCAUGGCGAAUGGUACAAGAAACAGGGAUACAACGAGAUACCUGCGACCAGGGAGGACAUCAUGAUGACUCUCGCUAGAGUGGACAACAUUCUGAUCAAAGCACAGUACGAUGAUUCUCCCUACCUGGACCUUCAAAUCACUAAUAUCGUGAUGGACACUGCUGACGUGAGGAACACUGGCCUCGGGUCUGCUUCUUACGUGGAGGAGUGCCAGUGUCCUUCCGGUUAUACCGGCCUAUCGUGCGAGCAGUGUGCUCCUGGAUACCUAAGACGAGAAAGUGGUCCCUGGCUGGGUCAGUGCUACCGAGACGAAGGACCUUGUGCUCCGGGAUACUAUGGAGAUCCCUCGAGGAACAUCCAGUGUCAAGUUUGCCCUUGUCCGCUCACCAAUCCAUCCAAUCAAUUCGCCCGAACUUGCCACCUUGGCUCGGACGGUCAGCCCACUUGUGACUGUCCGCCUGGAUACAUUGGACGUAGAUGCCAACAGUGCGACGUUGGAUACCAAGGCAAUCCUCUUAUACCCGGGGACAUGUGUGUCCCGUUACGGCAGUGCGAUCCUGACGGUAGUCUCAGUUUGAUCGUAGAUCCCCACACUGGACAGUGUCGAUGCAAGCAAUACGCGACGGGCAUCACUUGCAACCAAUGUAAGGCGAACACAUUCAACCUUGCUUCGAAGAAUCAAUUCGGCUGUAUCGGCUGCUUCUGCAUGGGCAUCAGUAACAAAUGCGUGUCGUCCAACUGGUACAGAAGCGACAUUCGAGUGUCCUUCACCAACUCCAUCAGAGACUUCUCCCUCGUCGAGCUGAAGACGCCUGACGCGUUACCCCUCGUCGAAGGCAUCCGUUUGGACACACUGUCCAGAGAAAUAGUUUACAAUGAUUUCCCGAAUCGUGGAAACAACGACGUUUACUAUUGGCAACUGCCUAACAUCUUCUUGGGCAAUCAGAUCACUUCGUACGGUGGCAAUCUUACGUACACCGUUCGCUAUGUCCCAUCGCCUGGUGGCCAGAGCUCGAGGAACAACGCUGCCGAUGUUGAACUGAUCAGCGCCAACGACAUCAACUUACUCUACUUCUCUCGGGAAUCCCCUGAAGCAAACUCUCCCCAAACAUUCACUGUUCCGUUAUUGGAACAAUAUUGGCAACGCACCGAUGGGACUCAAGCCGACAGGGAACACUUGUUAAUGGCCCUAGCUGACAUUAGGGCGGUCAGGAUCAAGGCUACCUAUACUACUCACACCAACGAGGCCGCAUUGUCCCUGGUGUCCCUGGACAUAGCGGAUAAGUACAAUACAGGAAGAUCUCGAGCAGUGGAAGUGGAAGAAUGUAGUUGCCCUGCUGGAUAUAAGGGUCUGUCCUGCGAGGAUUGCGAUGUCGGAUACACCAGAGCAAACGAGGGACUCUAUCUGGGUAUCUGUGAGCCUUGCAACUGCAACGGCCACUCCACCCAGUGCAAUCCUGACACUGGAUCAUGCGAGAAUUGCGCCCACUACACCACCGGCGAGUUCUGCGAGGUCUGCGAGCCCGGAUACGAGGGUGAUGCCACCCGAGGAACCCCCCAGGAUUGCGUGUACAGAAACCCAAGACCACCCACGUGCAACUGCAACCCGGCUGGUUCGCGUAGUAGCUUCUGCAUCGGGGAUCGAUGCGACUGCAAACGGAACGUGGAGGGUCCAGAGUGCAACAGAUGUCGACCAUCGACGUUUGGCCUGUCUGCGGAGAAUCCUGACGGUUGUAGCGAGUGUUAUUGCAGCGGUGUCACUAAUCAAUGUCACGAGAGCUCGCUCUAUGUGCAGCAGAUACCUGUCUGGGUCUAUGACUCUCAGCACGGCUUCACCCUCACUGACCCGACAAGACGCGAGGUGAUCGACGACGGUUUUGAAUUAAACAUUGCCAUGAAUGAGAUCGGUUACCGUUACCCCGACAGUCGAGGCCGUAGGCUCUUCUGGUCCCUGCCGGCUGUGUUCACUGGGAACAAGGUGAAGAGCUACGGUGGCAAUCUGACACUUACUCAACAGAUCACCGCGUACCCUGGUGCCCAGAGCUACAAGGAUCAGGACAUAAUUCUGAUUGGAAACGGGAUUACGUUGUUCUGGACGAAUCCUAAGGAGAUACAACCUGAUUUGCCAUUGACGUACACCGUUCCUCUAAGGGAAACGGAAUGGAAACGUCUGACCACAGAAGGACCACGAGUGGCCUCACGCGUCGACCUCAUGACUGUACUUUCUAACCUAGAAGCUAUCCUAGUCAGAGCCUCUCACAGUGAAAGAAUGACGGCUACGUAUAUCAGCGACAUCAGUUUAGACACGGCAGUGGAAGUGGCAGGAAGCAGAAGAGCAGUCCACGUAGAAGUAUGUCGCUGCCCAACUGGCUACACAGGAACGUCAUGUGAAUCCUGCGCGAGAGGUUACUACAGGGACACCAAUGAUCGAACAGUCAGCUACCUAGGCUCCUGCAACCUAUGCCCUUGCAAUAAGAACGAGGAGAGCUGCGAGAUCAGCAGGACUGGCCAUGUGAAAUGCCACUGUCUAUCUGGAUACACAGGCCAAUAUUGCCAAGACACCGGUGAACUGAUGGUAAGUCUAACGCCAAUGACGGGUGAGGUUAAGCCGAACACGUGGACAUUGUUCACCUGCAGUUACGAGUCCACGGAUCCGUUAUAUAUUUAUUUUAAACUCUCACCGUUCCGCGACGCGCCGUUAACCGCGACCAGCGCGACACCAGGCCCGAUCGUGCACACCGAGAAAGGAGCCUAUCGAACCUGGUACGUUUACGUCCUGGUAGAUCCAUGCAACGUCGAGUGCUACAUCCAGGACCGUACGGGCAAGGACCUGAUCAAGGUUGUGACGUCGGUUACACCAGAGCAUUCUUCAACGACGAUCAGCCCAUCUGGUCCCACUAUCACUCCACCCAGGAUCGUAGUCUACAUCAAGGGACCAGAGUUCCAAAUCGUUAAAACCGGAAGCACAGUCAGAUACCAUUGUUCAGGAAGAGCUUUGGACAAUGGACCCGUACAUGUCAGAUGGGAGAAAGAGGGCGGUGAAUUGCCUCGUGAACGAAGCGUGGACGACAGUCGUGGCUUGUUGAUCAUCAGGGACGUUAAAGUGUCCGACAGCGGCGUUUACGUUUGCCAGGUCAGCGACGGUGUACACAUUGCCUUCAAGAAUGUCACUCUCACUGUCGGAGGUGUAAACCCAGUGGCCCCAAGAACAAUCAUCGUCCCACCGUCGUUGCAAGUGAUAGAAGGAGAACCAGCUGAGUUCCGUUGCGAAGCCAGUGGUAACCCACCACCUCACGUCGAAUGGAUCCGUGUCCAUGGUUCCAUGAACCCUGAAGUGACCACACAAAACGGAGUCUGGACAUUGAGAGCUGCGUCGAAGAACGACGCGGCUGAGUACAAGUGCAUCGCCAGGAACAACAUUGGAGUGGACGAGAGAACAGCCGUUCUUUACGUCAGAGACAAUCCUAACAAGCCACCUCCAACCGGUAUACAGCCCACUAUCACACCGCCGGAAUGGACAGGAUUUGCCGGCGAAGUGAUUAGAAUAACCUGCACCCCCUCUCAAAUCGCGAACGUCACCUGGUCCAGGGAAGGGAACCUCCCCUUACGCUCCUCGACCAGCCAGCGAGAUGGUGUGCUCACGAUCAUGAACCCAAACCCGUACGAUUCAGGCAUCUAUGUCUGCACAGCCACAAGUCAUAUAGGGACUGAGACGAGCAGCGUCAUCAACAUAAACGUGCAACCCAGAAGAACACCCUCGGUCAAGGUGAAACCAGAAAAGCAAACGGUACCGCAAGGUAGCGUAGCCGAGAUACGAUGCCUCACCGGUGGAGAACCAGGUGUUCAGGUCUGGUGGAGCAAGUACCUGGAGCAAAUGAGCCCGAACGUUCAACAGGUGGACGACACGUUGAGGAUAGUCAACGUGCAGAUCUCCGACCGAGGUGUCUACGUAUGCAAAGUAACUGGACCCAGUGGUGUCCACGAAGCCAGUGCUAUGAUUGAAGUUGAACCUCGUGAACCGCCCCUUUUGGAAUUGUACCCCAAGGAGACACAAACGGUGACUCUGGGCGGAUCAGCGGACGUACAAUGUCGAGCAAUAGCUGGAACUCCGAUGCCAGAGUUGCACUGGUCUCGUAGAGAUGGCGCACCCUUCCCACAUAAUAUUAAACAGCUACCUGGUGGAGUGUUGAGGCUAUCCAAUAUCACUCUUAACGAUGGCGGUACUUAUAUCUGUUCCGCGGUGAACUCUGUUGGCUCCACCUCAGCAGUGGCGUACAUAGAGGUCCAGUCUGUGCCCGUGAUCAAUAUAUCGCCCAGAUCUGGUAUACUGAAUGUGAAACGUGGCGACAGAGUGCGAUUGGUAUGCAGCGCGUCUGGUAACCCGCAGCCGAAUGUCGAAUGGACCAAACAUGUGAAUGGAAUGGCAUUUUACAAUCGACCACUAGAUAUGACGGAGAAGACUCCCUUGAGCGCUGUGUAUGAAAUAUUUUCUGUGUCCACUAACGACGAGGGCUCGUACACCUGCCACGCCGUCAAUGCUGCUGGAAGAGUCGAAGAACGUGUCCAUAUUCGUAUCGAGGACGACAAUGAGAAAGGAGACGUAAUGAUACCGGAAGACUACUUCAGGAUACCGAAUGGCGGUAAGGUCGAGAUGCGCUGUCAAGUGUACGCUCCUGGUGGCAACCACAUUUACCUGGACUGGAAGAGAAACGACCAUCGUCUCUUACCAGCAGGCAGCACUGUUAACAAUGGUGUUCUGACCAUCCCUGCGGUGGACAAGAGCACAGCUGGUGAAUAUGUAUGCCUAGGCAUGGACCAGGCCGGGACUGUCCUCUUCAGAGCCAAGUCUCAUCUUGAAGUAUUGUCGCCACCUAGAAUCGACUUAAAUCCGCCCAGGCAGACAGUGGGACCAGGUGAGAAUCCCUCUAUCGUCUGCAGCGCAACAGGGGACGAGCCGAUGACCAUCGAAUGGGCCGCCAUAGGUAGAAAUCUACCGUAUAGUGUUUCCCAUAAUCGUGGUAUCUUACAGUUCCACGGGAUCACUUACUCGGACGCUGGAAAGUAUGUCUGCAAGGCUACCAAUGACGCUGGAACUGCUGAGGCUGUAGCUGAGGUUCUGGUGAACGAACACAUCUACGAGGACACAGGUGUCAGAGCAGCUCAGAGGGAUGUAGUGGCUUAUGUCGGCCAGCCUGUACGUCUACAGUGUACCGUGAAAGAACGGGCCACCAUACACUGGAGCAGAGAGGGUCAACCUCUGCCUUCUAACGCCAGAACAGAAGAUGAUUACCUGGAACUACCGCGAGCCCGGCCAGACGACAAUGGAAGAUACAUCUGUCAAAUCCAAACCGCCCAUGGAGUCUCCAGCGAUUACAUAAAUCUGAACGUAUCCCUAGUCAAUUUGCGACCGGAUUGCACGCGAGCGAACCAAACGCACUGCGGGUACCGAAAGUGCAUAUGCGUCAUACAAGGAUGCGUUCUGUCGGAUUACCGUUGCUACGUCGGUAUUCCGAACUUCAACAAUAACCAUGACUACUUCAACAGCGUCCCGCAGAACCAUCGUUAUCUUCAACAACGAAGCGCGACAGUCAUGCCUAUGGUCAGCGUAGAGGUGUCGCAAGAUCCCGUUAACAUUGGGGACACCAUUGACAUCCGUUGUGCCUGCACUGGUGCCCACAAUCCUCGUUACCAUUGGUCCAGGCCCAAUCAUCCAAGCCUACCGAGCAAUGCUCUGGAAUAUGAUAAUGUCUUAAGAAUGACCGGCGUGACUGUGGACGACAGUGGAGUCUACAGGUGUACGGCAGAGACACCAGAAGGCAUCUUCCAGCAAGAUUUCAACCUCGUUGUUCACGGUGGACACAACGAUGCGCCAGCAAUCGAGACUAAGUAUGCACCGUACGGGUCCAACGUGGAGAUGAACUGUAGACCCAACCUAGAUCCACCGCUUAAGUUCCAUUGGAGCAAGCUUGGAGGGCUUCCAGCACGCGACGCUAAAAUUUUCGAGAGUAAACUGAACCUGACCAACGUCAAGGCCGAAGACGCAGGCACUUACAUCUGUACAGUGAAUAACGACCACGAGAGCAUAGAGAUACCAACUGUGUUGGUGGUGACAGGUGUGGUCCCUUAUUUCAGUCAAGCACCAGAAAGUUUCAUAGCUCUGCCUCCUCUCCCGGACUCCUACCUGAGGUUCAAUAUCGAGGUGUCCUUUAAACCGGAAAGUUAUGACGGUAUCAUUCUGUACAACGACGAGUCGAGUCGUGGGGACGGUGACUUCAUUAUGCUGUCUUUAGUAAACGGCUAUCCACAGUUCAGUUUCGACCUUGGCUCGGGACCAGCCCUAAUUCGUGCGGAUAAACCUGUGGCCUUGAGCGAAUGGCACACGAUUAAACUCCAGCGUAAUAGGAAAGAGGGAACCAUGUUAGUCGACGAGCAGGAUCUUUAUAGUGGUGUCGCGGGCGGCAGGAAACAGGGAUUAGAUCUCAAGGAACUGAUGUUUGUGGGCGGUGUGCCAGCGUACAAUACCAUCAAUAAACACGCAGAGAUAACCUCUGGAUUCGUUGGAUGCGUCAGUAGAUUGGUUAUCGGGGACAAGGAGGUCGAUCUGAAUGGUAACCUGACUGACAGCAUUGGUAUCACCAACUGUGAGACAUGCGCGGAGAAUCCUUGCAACAACGGAGGUGUCUGCCAGGAGGCCGCUGCCAAAAGCGGAUACACCUGUCUGUGUCGGGCCGGUUACAGUGGAAAACAUUGUGACUACAUUGGCCUAUCGUGCUAUCCAGGUGCUUGCGGAGAAGGGAAUUGUGUAGACAAGGAAACAGGAGGCUUUGACUGUUACUGUCCUCACGGAAAGACAGGAUCUCGAUGCGAGAAUUCUUUGAAGAUAUACGAUCCAGCCUUCCGCGAUGAUAGAUCCUUCAUCGCGCACGAUACACCUAAAGCCCUCAGACGGACAAGAAUGAGCCCUACACACAGUCGAUUAAGAUCACGCACCGCACAAGUUAGAAAACCACGAUCAAGGCCACAUCACCACGAUAAUCUGCACCACACGAAACAUUAGCCCCCUGUUCCCCUUUUUUUCACCAAAUCAGUGCACAUAAAUAUAUAGAAAGAAAAGUUAUUUUUUUUUCUGUUGAUUGAUCGAUGUGUAAUAAUUAUAGGAACAAAUCAAUUUACGUAAUUGCUAUUUAUAGUUGUCAGUCAGCAUUAUAUUAUAUAUAUUUUUUUUUAUGAGAA